AUGUUGAUAUUUGAACGACAUUGUAAAGAAUGUCUCUCCAUCCUCCUCCUAGGCGUCCAUCAAAGUCUCGUCCAUUUAUGCAACUUUUGUUAUGUGCAACAUAAUAACAAACGGCGCUCCAUUAGUCACAUACCAUCUCUAUACUCGUAUAUGGCACCAAACCAGUUACGUGGCCACGCAGCUGACCAACCAAACGACAUAUAUGGGUUGGGAGUACUUCUGUACGAAAGCGUUACACGUAGUAAGAUGCAAGACGUAAACAAAAACCUUCUCGCACAUCAUAAUGAGAAAGAAGAAUUACGUUUUAGACUAAAGUUAAUUCCAAAGACCUUUGAGCCUUCCAUUCAUGUCUUGAUUAAAGCUUGCUUGAGUAGCGCUGGUACUAGGCCAACAUCAAGCCAGGUAUAUAAUUGGCUGGAUGCAUUGUUAGAAGGUCGCUUAACUACAACCUCUCCAACGACGAUGAUGAAUGAAAACAAAGAACAAUUGACUUUAACUUCGAUGUCUGAGAAAUUAUUUAAGUUUUUUGGAGGUGUAAAGAUUUUUUACUAUAUUUCAGAAAUCCCAAGCACAAACUUUGAAAUCCCCAAAUCAAGGUUAAGUAUCUGUAUGCACAAAACCUUCUUACACAUUAGUUUAGAGUUAAAGUUUCAGCAAAGAGAGCUACACUAA